AUGUACCAUGAGCCACGAGGAAUCUUCUACCACACUCGCCAGAUUGCAUACGGCGCACUUCUCACCAUUCAUUACUUUCAACCAUCUCGAAACCGACUAGGAGUUCGGAAUCCGAAGGAACCGUCGGAGCGAACGCAUUGCAUUAAAACGAGACUUAAUGGGUACAACCGAAAGACGGAAAACGAAGAAUCGUUGCUUCUGGAAGAUGUCCCAGACAUUAAAAAUCGAGAUUUUUCGGAUUCACGAUCGAAUCAUGUUGCAGUUUCUGCACAGUCAGCUAAGUCUCUUCGCAAAAACUUGGCUUCUUGCGCGAAAUUUAUUGGCACUUCCACGAUUGGUGAUACUGUAUAUUUGGUGGGCUGUCGCGCAAAGCUGCCGGAGACAAGACGCACACCCGAGACACAGGGCAAGCAUGGUUGCAGUCAGGACAUCAUAUACGGGUCUGAAAGAAAUGAGAAAGGGGUGAGGCUGGUUAAGAAGACGAGGAUACAGUGGCAAGGAUCUCGCACUAAUCCGGAAGCGGAAAUCCCUAUCUUCCAGAAGCAACCUAGACCUGAUUAUUGGCUAAGCAAUACCCCAUUAUGCAUGGCUGGUGUUGCAAAAUCCAUCCAGCGGAUGCCACGCACGGCAUACCCUCUGUUGGCAAGGAGUGCCCCAGACCUAGAAUUCCAUGAAGAAGCCAUUGAAGCGAUAGAAUAUGUAGACUGA